AAUGCACUAAAUGUAAAAAUCAAUUAAUGAAACCUAAGGAUUUCGAUUCAGAAUCUCUUUCACAAGAGUCUCAAGUUUCAUCUUGUUCUACUAAUACAUAUUAUGAAACUGAUGCAAAUGAUUUUAUAGAGUGUGACAAGUUCACUUAUAUAAAAAACCAGAAUAAUAUUGUUCUAAAUGACAAAUUAUAUUUUAGUGAUAAUGAACUUAGAAUGGAUGAUUCUUCAAGUUCCAAAUGUAAUUCUCUUUAA